UUAGAACAUAUCCGUGGUUUAAAAAUGUUUAAUUUACGAACAGUUAUGAAGGAUCGUACGUUAAAGAAUACAAAAUCUCGAUUUGUACAUCGUAUAGUGGAAAAACAUCUUGAUCAAAGCACUUCCGAAUUUAAUCAAAUUCCUGGUCCCAAAUCUUAUCCUGUAAUUGGAAGUUUAUAUAAAUACUGGCCUGUUAUCGGUGAAUAUGAUACUGAUACUCUAGACAAAAACGCUUGGCUUAAUUGGUGUCGAUAUGGAGGGCUAGUAAGAGAAACACCAAUUGUCAACUUACUUCAUGUCUUUGAGCCUGAGCUUAUGGAAAUAAUCUUCCGCCAAAAUGAUCGCUAUCCCUCAAGAAGAAGUCAUGUGGCGAUGCUUCAUUAUCGUCUGAACAAAAAAGAAGUGUAUAAUUCCGGAGGUCUUCUUUCAACAAAUGGUCCGGAAUGGUGGCGAAUACGAAGCGCAUUUCAAAAAAAUUUUUCUGGUCCACGUAAUGCCAAGCAGUAUGUCAGCAUUACGGAUAAAGUUGUUGCAGAGUUUAUUAAAUGGAUAAAAGACGUUAAUGUAUCAUCACAUGAUGAUUUUUUGCCAUAUCUAAAUCGCCUCAAUCUUGAAGUGAUUGGAGCUGUAGCAUUCAAUGAGCGUUUUCAUAGCUUUACAAAGGAUGAGCAGCUUCCAGAUUCUCGCAGUAGUAAGAUUAUAGCAUCUGCUUUUGGUUCUAAUUCGGGCAUAAUGAAACUCGAUAAUGGAGUACUUUGGAAACUAUUCAAGACUCCCUUGUAUAAUAAACUCGUUGAAUCACAAGAAUAUUUGGAGAAAGUGUCGAUGGAUAUUUUAUUAGAUAGAUUGAGCUAUUAUGCAGAACACAAUUGUAAUGAUAACUCACUUUUAUCGUCUUUCACAAAAUUGCCAGAUGUAGAUAUAAAAGAUAUAAUUGGUAUGAUGGUGGACAUAUUAAUGGCUUCAAUAGAUACGACUGCGUUUACUACAAGUUUCUCGUUAUAUCACAUAGCUCGGAAUCCUCAAUGCCAGCAAAAGUUGUACGAAGAGUUAUACACUUUGUUACCAACCAAAAGUUCAGAGGUUACAGCAACGGUGCUAUCUAAGGCAGUUUAUUUAAAAAGUUGUGUGAAAGAAAGUUUGCGUCUUAAUCCAGUGUCUAUUGGAGUUGGCCGUAUACUCCAAAACGAUAUUAUUUUAAAAGGAUACAAAAUACCUGAGGGGACGGUGAUCGUAACACAAAACAUGAUUGCAUCCAGACUCCCGCAGUACGUGAGAAAUCCUUUGCAGUAUAAACCGGAACGGUGGUUACGCGGUUCCGCAGAUUAUGAAAAUAUACAUCCUUUUUUAAGUUUACCUUUUGGUUUUGGAUCUAGAUCGUGUAUUGCGAGGCGGCUCGCUGAGCAAAAUAUCUGUAUCACUUUGAUGAAGAUAAUUCGCAAUUUUGAGGUCCAAUGGAUGGGCGGAAAUUUAGGAGUUAAGACUUUUUUAAUCAAUAAGCCCGAUCAACCUAUUAAUCUGCAAUUUACACAAAGAAAGGUCUGAGAGACUAAAAUAAUUCCAAAAGAUGAAGAAGUAGAUAUAUUGUGUGAAUUAAUUUAGAGUCGUAUAUAGUAAUUGUUUGUGUAAUAAUUUCCGUGGCGUUCUGCGCCCCGACUUUUGAUCCAUUUCUAUCUCGGCGUGCGCUGCCUGCGCUGGAGCAUGAGGAAGUACAUGACGAGUUCGGGCAGUACGCGUAUCGUUACGUGACAGCUGAGGGCACUGUGGUCUCCCAGCGCGCCUGGCUUGAGCCAACCGAAAAUGGCACUUAUGUCCUUGUAACUGAAGGCGAGGUCUCCUACCUCGGGGAUGACGGUGAAAUAUAUGUCACAAAAUACUACGCGGGCAUUAAUGGAACGCAUGUUGAGAAUAAUCAUUAUCCCGUUCCUAAGGCGUCAGUUGCAGAAGAAUCAGAUGAAUCUCAGUGAAUGUUUGUUCCUUUUUUGUAGUACUU